UUUUUUGCAAACUGUGGCAUUUAUUGAGUGAUUAUAAUUCGAAUUGCAUUUGAGAAAGUGAGGACAUUUUUGUUUAAAUAAUUUUCCUUUAAGUAUUUCGUAAAUUUUGUGAUGGAUUGGGCUAAAAAAGCAGAGGAUCAGGUAUCCAAAUUGGUCAGUAAUUUGGAAAUUGAAAAGAAAGAAGAUGAUUUAAGUGAAAAAAAAGAAGAAGAGGCUGAUGUUGUAAGCCCUGCCGAAACAAGUCUUCUGCUCAAAAUUAUAAGAAAAGGUUUAGUCGAAUCUAAGUUAGAUUUGGAAGUUCAACGGCAGGAUCCUACUUCGCCGUUAUAUUCAGUAAAAACAUUCGAAAAACUUCAUUUAAAACCGGAAAUUUUAAAAGGAAUUUAUGCCAUGGGUUUUAACGCACCUUCAAAAAUUCAGGAAAAUGCUUUACCGAUAUUACUAGCUGAUCCUCCACAAAAUAUGAUAGCACAAAGCCAAUCUGGUACUGGAAAAACGGCGGCCUUUGUACUUGCAAUGUUAAGCAGAGUAGAUACUAAACUGGAUUAUCCUCAGGUUCUUUGUUUAUCUCCAACCUAUGAAUUGGCCAUACAAACUGGGGAAGCUGCCGCCAGAAUGGCACAGUUUUGUCCGGAUAUAAAAUUAAAGUUUGCAGUACGCGGAGAGGAAGUUGUUCCAGGCACCAAAUUAUCCGAUCAUAUAAUAAUUGGAACUCCUGGAAAAGUUCUUGACUGGGGUCUCAAAUAUCGUGUAAUCGAUUUGAAGAAAAUUCGAGUUUUCGUAUUAGAUGAAGCCGAUGUAAUGAUUGCCACUCAGGGUCAUCAUGAUCAAUGUAUUCGCAUUCAUAAACAAUUAUCGCCAAAGUGUCAGAUGUUAUUCUUUUCAGCUACAUAUGAUAAAGAGGUGAUGGAGUUUGCAGAGCAUAUUGUGCCCGAAGCAAAUAUAAUUAGACUUAAAAGGGAGCAAGAAUCACUUGACAACAUUAAGCAAUAUUAUGUGAGAUGUCGCUCGGAAGAUGAAAAGUACCAGGCAAUUCAAAACAUAUAUGGCAGUAUUACUAUUGGACAAGCUAUUAUAUUCUGUCAUACCCGAAAAACAGCUGGUUGGUUAGCUGGGAAAUUGUCAUCCGAUGGCCAUUCCGUUGCGGUUCUAUCCGGCGAUCUAACUGUAGAACAAAGAUUAGCUGUAUUGGAUCGUUUUAGGAUUGGAUUAGAAAAAGUACUGAUAACAACAAACGUAUUGUCAAGAGGAAUUGAUGUCGAACAAGUUACAAUUGUCGUAAACUUCGAUUUACCAAUGGACGCCAAGGGCAAUGCCGAUUGUGAAACUUAUUUACAUCGCAUCGGAAGGACAGGAAGAUUUGGUAAAAAUGGUAUUGCAAUUAAUUUAGUAGAUAGCGAAAAAGCCAUGGCCAUCUGUCGCACCAUAGAGAAUCAUUUUAAGAAAAGCAUUAAGGAGCUUAAUGCAGACAACACCGAAGAAAUUGAAAAAAUCGGAACUUAAUCUCAUUUAUAAGUUUGAUUUGAUAUAAUGCGUACAUGUGUGUUUAUUGAUUAAAUAUUUUUUAUUUUUUAUAUCUUCAAUCAUAAAUACCGAAUAUAACUUUCGUUAAUGUUA